AUGACGUCUCAAGCGAAGGAGGGUGCCGGGAAGCGGCUCUCUGUCGAGGACGGGCCGCUGCAUCGUACUGUACGUAACGGCCCCGCCUCUGGAUCCAAGCCGGCGCCCAAGUCGAAGAAGGACAGCAAGGAUGCGAGCCCGACCGCAGAUGCGUCGGACGACAGCGAGUACGUGAAGGGCAUGUUCGGGGAGGACGACCAUGUCCACGACGAGGAGGAGAAACUGCGGCUGGAGCGCGAGAAGAAGGCGAAAAGCACCCCGAAGAAGGAUACGCCGGUGACGCUCGACAAGAAGAAGUACGAGCAGCUGGACCAGCUCCUGAACAAGACACAGCUGUACAGCCAGUUCCUGGCCGAGAACAUCGAGAUCGACCGCGACGAGGAGCCCGCGAAGAAGAAACAGAAGAAGAGCAAGGCCUCGGGGGCCGACGCGGACGCGGAGGAGCAGGCGGAGCUGUGUCCGCUCAUCACGGGCGGGCGCCUCAAGUCGUACCAAAUCUCCGGCAUCAAGUGGCUGGCGUCGCUGUACCAGAACGGGCUCAACGGGAUCCUCGCCGACCAGAUGGGCCUGGGCAAGACGGUCCAGACGAUCGGGUUCCUCUCGCACCUGCGCUCGCACGGCAUCCACGGCCCGUUCCUCAUCAUCGCGCCGCUGUCGACGCUGCCCAACUGGGUGGGGGAGGUCAAGCGGUGGACGCCGACGUUCCCCGUCGUGCUCUACCACGGCACCAAGCAGGAGCGGGACGGGCUGCGGAAGGAGCACAUGCAGCCGCGGACGGCGGGCACGGAGACGUUCCCGAUCGUGUGCACGUCCUUCGAGGUGGUGAUUCGGGACAUUUCGGCGCUGAAGAAGUAUAACUGGAAGUACGUGGUGGUAGACGAGGGCCACCGAUUGAAGAACUUCGACUGCAAGCUGGUCCGCGAGCUCCGCACGAUCCCCGCGGACAACAAGCUCCUCCUCACGGGCACGCCGCUGCAGAACAACCUCGCCGAGCUCUGGUCGCUCCUGAACUUCCUCCUCCCGGACCUGUUCGACAGCCUCGAGAAGUUCGAGUCCUGGUUCGACUUCAUCGGCGAGGACGGCGAGCGCGACCAGGAGCUCGUCGCGCAGGAGCAGCGCCACAAGGUCGUCACCAAGCUCCACGCCAUCCUCCAGCCCUUCCUCCUGCGCCGCGUGAAGCUCGACGUGGCGCAGGGCCUGCCGCCGAAGAAGGAGAUCGUGCUGUACGCGGGCAUGACCAAGCUGCAGAAGGACCUGAACAAGGACCUCGUCGACGGCACGCUGCGGGAGAAGCUGCGCGAGAUCAAGGAGAGCAUGGGGACGGGCAUCGGGCGCGCGGCGGAGUCGUCGAUCAACAACGUGCUCAUGCAGAUGCGCAAGGUGUGCAACCACCCGGAUCUGAUCACGGCGGAGGCGCAGGGGGACCUGCAAUACCCCUCCCCGGAGGUGCUGCUGGAGCAGUCGGGCAAGAUGCAGCUGAUGGAGCGGCUGCUGUCGCGGCUGCUGGACCGGAAGCACAAGGUGCUCAUCUUCUCGCAGAUGACCAAGAUGCUCGACCUCAUCGACGUCUUCCUGCACGACCUCGGGCGCGUGUCGGUGCGUCUCGACGGCAGCACGAGCUGGCAGACGCGCCAGGAGCUCAUGCGGCGGUUCAACGAGGACGACGACGUCCGCGUGUUCCUCCUCUCCACGCGCGCGGGCGGCCUCGGGAUCAACCUCACCGCCGCCGACACGGUCAUCAUCUACGACAGCGACUGGAACCCGCACCAGGACAUGCAGGCCAUGGACCGGUGCCACCGCAUCGGGCAGACGAAGCCGGUGGUGGUGUACCGCCUCGUCACCGCGGGCAGCGUCGACGGUCGCAUGCUCUCGCGAGCAAACUCGAAGCUGUUGCUGGAGAAGCUCAUCAUCCGGAAGGGGGCGUUCCUGGACAGCGGGACGGCGGAGAAGCAGCAGAAGAAGGGGAAAGGGAAGGCGGGGUCGGACGACGCGAGCGCGGAGCUGCUGCAGCUGCUGGCCGCGGGCGGGAGCACGUCGGGCGGCGUGGCGGAGAGCGGCGUCGUGUCGGACGAGAUGCUGGAGAAGCUGAUGGACAGGACGCACAUGACGGAGAAGAGGGCGGCGCCGUACGAGGAGCCGCGCGGGGUCGGGUACGAGGUGGUCGAGCAGGGCGACGGCGCAGGGCUGCUGACGUCGGUCAACUCGUAG